UGAGUCACACAAAGUCGAUAAUUAAAGACUACUCCAUCGUUGAAUGGAAGGUACCGAACUUAAACUCAUCACCAAUAGAGAUUAUCGAGACAAAGUUUUUGAGUUCGUACUGUGAAAAGAAUACAAAAAAUAAGAGUAAGAAGCUUUCAAACGGGAAGUUGUUUGUAAGAGGAGAUCUGUGCACGUGGGCAUGUGGGAGGAACGUUUGGAUUGCAGCAUUAAUCCACUGCACUACGGAAAUGGAUAGAGCCAAAAAGCCUCACAAAGAAAUCGCAGAAAUUUUUCAUAAAAAAAAAUUGUCUUUCUUUGAUGCUAAGGAGAAAGCCAUAAAAGAAGUUCUGGUGAUAUUAAAACCUGCAGUUGCAAGACCAGUGGCUCCGGCUCCGCCCAGUGUAGAUGUAAGACCAGUUGCAGUGGCUCCGACCAGUGAAGUUGUAAGACCAGUGCAGUCAGCUUCAGGGGAGACAUUAGGACAAUCUGUUCAUGUAAACCAAGAUAAGCCAAGUCCUACAGAAGACAUCCUCCGUAAGGAUUUAGAGGAACUAAAAGAAGCUCUAAAUGGAUUAAUGGAGAAAUUUGAAAACUCGGAGAUGGAAAAAAAAAUCCUCAAAAGAACCGUAGAAACCUUGAAGGAUGAGCAGAAGGUCGUGUCCGAUUACCUUGUCGAGAUGAAACACACUGUGCGGGGGUUAAAAAGGACUAUUGAUGACCUACAAACGCCUGUGGAGGAUGCAGCCUAUCAGACUCCCCCUGGCCCUCCUGCCAAGAGAUUGUGUUCGAGUAGCGAGAAAAGCAAGAAAUCAGACCUUCUGCUCCCUGCUUAUACCGACGGGGGAAAGUUAGAGGAAGAGUUUAAACUUGUCCUUUUGAAUGCCUUACCAGCCUCAAAAAAGACUCAUACCACUGUAUGGAGGCUACUCAUUAAUCAUAAGUACAAAAGAAAUCCCAACGCAAUUAAUUCCUUAAAGUUGCCGCCAAUAAAUGGAGCAAGGAAAGAAAAAGUUAAAGAAUAUACAGAAAAUGACUGGAAAUACAUGACCUGGGAUGUAGUAGUUGCAUUGAUUAGGGUAGCAAUGGAUCACCUACCUAAUACUUUUGAGGAUGUAAGAAGUGCGAGGAGAUUACUGAUGAAUUUUUUGGACAACAGCAGGCAGAAAAAUGGAGAUAAGCUUGCAGAGAUGUCACGCAGAGAUGCCAUUAACCAGUCGAUCAAUAUCACUCCGACAUCUGCUGCGCAGGUUAAUCAAUUCGUCCCCAGAAUGCAUCCUAUACCUAUGCAGAACUACAAUUAUGACGAAGAAGACCAGCAUACGACAACAGCAGCCGUCGGUUCAGCAGAAAGUAACUACUAAAUCAAAAUGAUUGGCUACCCUAUGUGGGUGACUAGGCUGUGUGAUAAAACUCAACAACCCUGUGUGGAUAACAUGGUUUUCUCUGUGUGAGAAAUCUCAACAAUCCUGUGUGGAUAACAUGGUUUUCUCUGUGUGAGAAAUCUCAACAGUCCUGUGUGGAUAACAUGGUUUUCUCUGUGUGAGAAAUCUCGACAAUCCUGUGUGGAUAACAUGGUUUUCUCUGUGUGAGAAAUCUCAACAAUCCUGUGUGGAUAACAUAGUUUUCUCUGUGUGAGAAAUCUCAACAAUCCUGUGUGGAUAACAUGGUUUUCUCUGUGUGAGAAAUCUCUAUAAUCCUGUGUGGAUAACAUGGCUUCUCUGUAUGAGCAACGUAACCAGUAUUUUUUAU